GGCGGCUUCCAACCCGGCAUGGGCAGCUUCACCCCUGGAGCUGCUUCCUUCAACCCCGGCCAGGCCUUCUUCAACCCUGGUCAGGGCUACGGACAACAACAAUACGGCGGCUUCGGCCAGCAGUACGGCCAAUAUGGCCAGCAGCAACAAUACAACCAAUAUGGUAACCAGGGAUACGGACAGCAAGGAUACGGCCAGCAGCAAUACUCGCAGUACGGACAGCAAGGCCAGCAGGGCUACGGUCAACAACAAUACAACCAGUCCUACCAACAACCCGCCCAGCAACAGCAACAGCGUCAAGUCCCCGUCAUCGCUAAGAGAGGUGACCAGACCGCUGCACCCAAGCCUGCUGCUGACGCUCCCAAGGCUGCCGUCAAGACCCUCUCGCUCAGCGCAUCCGACACUGGUGCUUCGGCUCCCAAGGUCGAGAAGACUGGUGGAACAAAGGUCCUGAGCUUGGGCGUCCCUGCCGCCCCCAAGGUUGAGAAGACCGCUGGCACAAAGGUUCUCUCGCUCAACGCCGAGCCCGCCAAGCCUGCACCUGUCAAGGAGACCGUCAACAAGGCCGAGGCUGGUGCCGGAAAGGCCGUCACUGCUGCCAAAGCAUUGGAGAAGACCGGCGACUCACCUGCCGCAUCUGGACGCACAUCCCCUACUUCUGGUCGUAGCUCGCCCACUCCUGCAGAGAAGCGUGCCGAGGCCCGCCAGGCCGAUCUGGUUGCCGCAGAGCAGGCCGCCGAUGUCGACGAAGAGACUCUCAAGGACAUGUACGGCAAGGAGCACGUCAACGUCAUUUUCCUUGGUCACGUCGAUGCUGGAAAGUCAACUCUUGGUGGUUCUAUCCUUUACGCCAGCGGUAUGGUCGAUGAGCGUACCAUGGAGAAGUACAAGCGUGAUGCCAAGGAGGCCGGUAGAGAGACAUGGUACCUGUCAUGGGCUCUUGAUUUGACCAAGGAGGAGCGCUCCAAGGGUAAGACCGUCGAGGUCGGCAAGGGCUUCUUCGAGACCGAGAAGCGUCGCUACACCAUUCUCGAUGCCCCUGGUCACAAGACCUUUGUGCCCAACAUGAUCGGUGGUGCCUCGCAGGCCGAUGUUGGUGUUCUCGUCAUUUCUGCCAGAAAGGGUGAGUACGAGACUGGUUUCGAAAAGGGUGGUCAGACCCGUGAGCACGCCGUCUUGGCCAAGACUCAGGGUGUCAACAAGCUCAUCGUUGCCGUUAACAAGAUGGACGACGCCACUGUCGAGUGGAGUGAGGAGCGUUACAAGGAAUGUACCGGCAAGCUCGCUCAGUUCCUCAAGGGUGUCGGUUACAACCCCAAGACCGACCUUAUGUUCAUGCCCAUCUCUGCUCAAACCACUCUCGGUAUCAAGGACCCCGUACCAAAGGAUGUCUGCCCCUGGAACACCGCUCCUUCGCUUCUCGGUUACCUCGACAGCAUGCAAGCUCUGGAGCGCAAGCUAAACGCUCCAUUCUUGAUGCCCGUCGCUGCCAAGUACCGUGAUCUGGGUACCAUGAUCGAGGGCAAGAUUGAGUCUGGUGUUAUCAAGAAGGAUAUCAAGUACCUGAUGAUGCCCAACCGCGUCGAAAUCUCCAUUUCGGCGCUCUUCGGCGAGACUGAAGACGAGAUCCCCAACGCCACCUGCGGUGAUCAGAUUCGUCUGCGUAUCAAGGGUAUCGAAGAAGAAGACAUCAUGCCCGGUUUCGUGCUGUGCUCGCCUCGCCGCCCUGUCAACUGUGUCUCUACUUUCGAAGCACAGAUUGUCCUUCUCGACAUCAAGUCCAUUCUCUCAGCCGGUUUCAACUGUGUCAUGCACGUUCACGCCGCCACCGAAGAAGUCACCUUCGACGCUCUUCUGCACAAGCUCGAAAAGGGCACAGGCAGAAAGUCAAAGAAGGCUCCUGGCUUCGCCACUAAGGGCAUGAGCAUCAUCGCUCGUCUGAAGGUCACCAGCAACAACGGCGCUGGCGUCUGUAUCGAGACCUUUGCCGAGUACCCUACUCUGGGUAGAUUCACUCUCCGUGACCAGGGUCAGACCAUUGCCAUUGGCAAGGUUACUAAGCUCAUCACUGAAGAGGCUGCCUAA